UGUCAACGUCGAAUCAUUCUCAUCAUCGAAGAAAGCGCAAACAGCAACCAUGAAGAAAACUCUGACUUUGACAUGCGCAAUUUUGCUUCUCAGCAUCUGCCAGGGAGUCAUUCGUCGCGAACCCGGUUCUUGUGAGAAGAUGAUGAUGGAAGCUGUUGAAAGUGUUGCAAAACAGGAAGGCAAGACUAUCUGUCAGUACAACAAAGAUGUGUUGAAUGCAUAUCGCCCAGUACUAUCAACUUGUGAGGAUCCAUCAACACCACUGACACAAGAAUGGCUGAUGUCAGGUAUCUUGGAUAUUGAACUAGGUGAAAAGCAAGAAGCCAACUGCGACAUUGACACUUCAGUGUUACACCCUUUCCUCACUACAGAGAAUAAAGCGAAAGUAGUUGGAGCCAUGAUCAGCAUCUAGAAGAUGUCCCUAGUGCUAUGUUAACAUGCCUUCAUGAUCCUAUGAUGCAAUCAGAGAAAAAUAUACUUACAGUGCUUCACGAAAAGAAGCUCGGUGCUUGCAUGGCCGGACUUGCUGCAUGGAGUAGUAUGCCCUACAAGGUGGUAAAAUGUACAAAAGCAGCCGGAGCUACAGUAAGCUGUAAAGAUGAGAGAGGCCUGUACCAACCGUUAGUACCCUGAACAUCAACUUAUACACAAAAUUGAUAGCCGACUUCCCAGAAGAGUGCAAAAUGUAAACCAAUCAUAAGAUUGACGGAACAAAGAUGAGUCCAGGCAGAUGUCAAUCGAUUUAAUGUAUACUACAUGAGAUUCAUUUGAAAGAAUAAAUCCUUAAGUGAUUGUAUACUAAACAAUGGUUUUUGAUAGUGUCUGUAUUGUU